AUGUCACCGGGUUCACAGGUGUGUGAAAGUCGGUCAGUAUAUCAGGACUCAAAAGCUCAGUGGUAUAGGACUUUCCCAGAUACCUCAUUAGAGACGGAAAAUGGUGCAAAGAGAAAAGGGAGGGAAACCAGACCUAUGUCUAAAGCAGGAAAUGGGACACUGCCUGACACAGAAACACAGAACAGUGAAGAUGAAGAUUGUGUUACAUGUACCAUUAUAUUCUCUCCAGCAGGGUUGUCACCAACAGAACAUGUACAUAGCAUACCAUUAAAGAUGGAGGUUGAUGAUGAUAUUGUAACUGAGGAACCAGAAGACACAGAGAUUGAACGAGUACUAAGUCCGAGUGUGAUGGUCACAGAAGAUAAUCUGAACAAAGAAAUCAAAAAUGAAAAAUUAUGGACUCAGAAAUUCUGUUUUUUGUCAAAUUGCAAUCAGCGUGUUGUUCCAAGGCAUGCUGAAGUCAAGAAGCUAAAUGAAGCUGAUCUUGGUAACAAGGUUGUGAAUUUUACCAUUGACGAAAACCCUGCAACAUUCCGAGAAUCAAUCUUCAGUGCGUGCCCGCAAUUGAGGGUAGCAGGUGGAUUUGAGUUGUUCCGAAGGAAAAGCACAUUUAGUUUAGAGAAUAUCUCCGAACCCCCUGAUGGAUUUACCACUUCAUAUUUGAUGGAGAAAAAUGAGCUGAAUGGAAUCAUCUGUUAUGUUAGGCCACGGAAGAGUAUAGCAGUGAAAGCAAUCGAGGCUUGUCCAAGGAGAACCCGUAAUGACCUUAAUUUCGCUCAAAAAAUGCAAGUCCUAGACCUGCUGAAACAAGGCAGAACUCAGACAGAAGUUGCAAGACGCAUUGGUUGUUCUCAGUCCGUGAUUUCCUUUAUUGCUUCCAAAAAAAAGGAGAUCUGCUCACAGGGGAGUAACUUAAAUCCAAGUAGAAAACGCCUACGAGCAGGAAAAGCGGCAGACAUGGAGGUUGCCCUGACAAAUUGGUUUAAAAGCAUUUACACUCCCGGUAAAUACAUUCCUAAUUAUAUAAUAAAGGAGCAGGCCGAGUUGGAGGCUAGGAAGCUUGGAAACUUGACUUUUAAUCCUUCCUCUGGGUGGCUCACUAGAUGGAAACUACGGCACAAUAUACCCUCAACAAUGGUGAAGAAAAAACGAGGUGAAACUCGGAACAAGUCAACCAAUGAGGAAGAAGUUUCUCAACAGGAAGUUGAAGAAGAGGAAGUAGCUCCUGAUGAUGCUGAAACCGAGGCUGUAUCUCAAGAUGAUGACUCAAGAUCUCAGAAUGAUGACUCGAUAUCUCAGCGAGAUGGGACCUUGUCUCACAGUGAGGACUCUAACUCUCAUCACAUUGAAGAAAAUGGAAUGAAGCAGACUGGAGUAGCAGAGAAAGCAAGUGAGAAAUUCAGAAGUGAUGGGAUUGUGACAAAGGUUUUGCCUGAUAAAGGCAAGGAAACCUCCACAACAAGCAAUUCAGUGGAAAUUCCUGUGUACCCCAGGGUAAGACGGCAUUCCAUGUAUAAAGGUGAUAGUUAUCUAAGAUGUAAAAGGGGUAAAGGUGGUUUUAAAGAAUUUGAUAUUUAA